AUGGAAGCAGGAAAAGCAAGGAACUAUGAGUCUCCUGCUGGGUUGCUUCAGCCUCUCCCAAUUCCUAAUAGGGUGUGGUAUGACAUUUCUAUGGAUUUUAUAGUUGGUUUGCCUCCUUGUAAGGGUAAGAAAAUUAUUUUUGUUGUGGUCGACCGCUUAUCCAAGUAUGCCCAUUUCAUUGCUUUGCACCAUCCUUAUACUUCUGCUGUAGUAGCUCAAGCUUUUGUUGAUAAUAUGUUUAAGCUGCAUGGAAUGCCUACUUCUAUCAUCAGUGACUGUGAUCCUAUAUGUUUGGAAACUUAUCUGCGGUGUUUUUUGGGUUUACAACCAAAGCAGUGGGUUCAAUGGCUUCCGUGGACUGAGUGGAUUUAUAAUACUUCCUUCCAAGUCUCGGCAAAAAUGACACCAUUUGAGGUUGUAUAUGGUCAGCCUCCUCCAACAAUGCUGCACCUUUCCUUGGCUUCACAUCCUUUCCAUAAGUUGCAACUGAAAUUUUAUGGCCCAUUUGAAGUUCUUUCUCGGGUGGGCACUAUUGCUUAUCGUUUGAAGUUGCCUACCUCUUCUAAAUUGCAUCCUGUCUUUCAUGUUUCAUGUUUAAAGAAGCAUUUGGGAUCAGAUGUUACUAUUUCCCCAAAUAUGCCCAUGAUCACAGAUACUGGAAUUUUGCAAGAUCAUCCCAUGGCUAUUUUGGAUCGUUGUAUGGUUAAGCGCGGUAAUGCUGCAGCCACUGAAGUUUUGAUCCUUGAGGACAAGGAUUCUGUUUUAAAGGGGAGGGUAAUUGAUAGGAUUCUCAGGGUUAAUAUGGUCUUUUUGUAUGUUAGCUGA